AUGACGGGCAAAGCGGGCGCGGCGCUGGCCCCCAGCCUGCCCGGCAAGACCAAGCCCGACGGCGCGGCCGCCGCCCCGCCGCCGCCGCAGCCCCCCGCCGCGGGGGCCAAGCCCAGCUCCGGGCCCACCCCUCCCCGCUGCACCGGCUUCGGCAUCCAGGAGAUCCUGGGCUUGAACAAGGAGCCGCCGCCGCACCCGCGGGCCGCCCUGGACUCGCUGCCCGCCGGGCACCUGCUGGCGGCCCGCUCCGUGCUCAGCCCCGCCGGGGUGGGCGGCGUGGGCAUGGGGCUGCUGGGCGCCGGCGGCAUCCCCGGCUUCUACACGCAGCCCACCUUCCUGGAAGUGCUCUCCGACCCCCAGAGCGUCCACCUGCAGCCGCUGGCCCGCGCCCCCGGGCAGCUGGACAGCAGCCAGACGGCCAGCUCAGAUUCCGAGGAUGUCUCCUCCAGCGACCGAAAAAUGUCCAAAUCGUCCCUAAACCAGAGCAAGAAACGAAAGAAGAGGCGGCACAGGACAAUCUUCACAUCCUACCAACUGGAGGAGCUGGAAAAGGCCUUCAAUGAGGCCCACUAUCCUGACGUGUAUGCCAGAGAGAUGCUGGCCAUGAAAACAGAGUUGCCAGAAGACAGGAUACAGGUCUGGUUCCAGAACCGCCGGGCCAAGUGGCGGAAGAGGGAGAAGUGCUGGGGCAGGAGCAGCGUGAUGGCGGAGUACGGCCUCUACGGCGCCAUGGUGCGCCACUCCAUCCCGCUGCCCGAGUCCAUCCUCAAGUCUGCCAAGGACGGCAUCAUGGAGUCCUGCGCCCCGUGGCUCCUGGGGAUGCACAAAAAGUCUCUGGAGGCAGCGGCUGAGGCAGGAAGGAAGACGGAGGUGGAGCGCCAGGCCCUGCCCAAGCUCGACAAGAGCGACAAGGAGGAGAGGGGCCCCGAUCCCAAAACCGCCAUUUCCCAGGAGGAACUGAGAGAAAACAGCAUUGCCGCCCUCAGGGCCAAAGCUCAGGAGCACAGCACCAAAGUCCUGGGGACCAUCGCUGGGGACGCCCCGGCCCUGGGCAGGAAGCCGGAGAAAGGGGAGGAGGCGGCCGCAGAGGACGAGAGACAGACGGAGAAAUCAAACUCGUCACAGAAGGAGGAGAAGCUCAUCUAG